AGAAAAAAAGUUGUGUUAUUUUUACAAUGAUUCCUUGGACUUGGACAUUUGUUACCGUUAUUUGUAUUUUGCGUUCUGCACAAGCUUGGGUUGAUCAGCCAGAUGAAGUCAUAACUGUGGCACUUGGCAACACUGUGACUCUUCGGUGUUAUUCUGAUAAAGACGACAUUUUUUGGUAUAAGCAAAUUGCAGGGCAACAACCUCAUGUCAUGUCAGCAUUUUAUAAAUUGCAAGAACCCAAAUUUUACAGGGAAUUCAAAAAUGAUCGAUUCCAGGGCAAGAGAUUGAGCAGUUCCUCUAAUCUGACAAUAUCAAGCAUCAUUCAGUCAGAUGAAGCAGUGUACUAUUGUGGAUCAAAGGCGUCGUACAUCGAGUUUGGAAAUGGAACACAUCUGAUCAUUAAAGUAGGUCAACAAGAUUCAACAUCAAAGAUCUCAAAAUCUGAUCAGCUAAAUGACUCCAUAGAGUGUCAACAAAAAUUCUUUGAAAACAGUACAAAACAAGUGAAAAAUGAAGACAUUUCUGAAGAUAGGCUCUGGCCAGCAGUGCUUGGCUUGGCAUAUGCUUUAGGACUUUGUGGAGUUGCAAUCUUUGCUCUUGUGGGUUUUAUUUUUAACAGAGUGCACGGUUCUGGACAAGACAAGCAAGUGAGAAGGCAGUCAAGUGCUCAGGACACUGAUGAUGAGAAUUUGACAUAUGCAGCCUUGCGAUUCAGUAAGAAAAAAAUUAAAUCUGGAGAACAGAGAGAAAAAUCUCAGCAGAGUGUGAACGUAAUUUAUGAUUCUUUAAAUGUUUAG